GCCACUACUCACUAGUGGUGGUCGUGGACCUGGUGGCUUCAUGCAGUCGACGGCUCCCGGCCCAAACACGCCGGCCGCCGCCGUGCGUAGCCUCUCUCCCCGGAGCGCUGCUGCCGGCCACCAGCUCCACGCGCUCCUCACCAAGCAUGGCCUCCUCCACCACCCGCCCUUCCUCCGCGCCCUCCUCUCCCGCUUGCCCGCCUCACCGUCGGCCCUCUCCCUCCUACUCUCCGCCCCGCCCGGCGUCCUCUCCCCGUCCAUCUUCUGCCCGGCCAUUGCCGCCUUCUCCUCUUCCCCGGUACCGUACUCCUCGCUCGUCAUCUUCAAUCACGUCUCCUCCUUCUCCCUCCCCACCCCGCUCCCCGCCUUCCCCGCCCUCCUCAAAUCCUGCGCCCGCGCUUUCAAGCUGUGCUCCCGAGCCAGCAAGUCCGCCGCGGCCUUCACGUCCAAGGGCAUGGAGCUGCAUUGCCGCGUUCUGAAGCUCGGCUACGGCACGGAUCAGUACGUGCAGAACGCGCUCGUGUCCAUGUAUGGCAAGCUCGGCCGCCUCAGGGACGCGAGGAUGGUGUUCGACGAAAUGCCAGUCAGGAAUGCUGUCUCUUGGAACGCGCUGGUGGGGGCACACGGUGCGGUGGGGGACUCGCAGGGUGCAGCGAGAGUGUCUAAGGAUACGCCAGACAAGAACAUUUCAUGGUGGAAUACCGAGAUCGUGCGGAAUGCGAGGGUCGGGGAUAUGGAGAAGGCGGCGAGGGUCUUCAGAGAGAUGCCUGAUAGGGAUGCCGUGUCGUGGAACUCCUUGAUCGGUGGCUAUGCGAAGCUUAGGAGGUAUAGGCGAGCACUGGAGAUCUUCCAGGAGAUGCAGGGCAAUGGCAUCAAACCGACUGAGCUAACACUUGUGUCUGUUCUUGGCGCGUGUGCAGAGAUUGGCGAGCUGGAACUCGGGAAGGUUGUCCACAGUUACCUUGACAGCGCAGGCAUUGCAGCUGAUGGGUAUGUUGGUAAUGCGCUCGUGGAUAUGUAUGCAAAAUGUGGCAGAGUGGAGCUUGCCAGGCAGGUCUUUGAAAGCAUGUCAACCAAGGACAUUACUUGCUGGAAUGCGAUGAUCGUUGGGUUGUCAGUCCAUGGGUACUCACGCGAGGCCCUGGAGCUCUUUGAUUCGAUGAAACUUGAACCUGAUCGUAUCACAUUUCUCGGUGUCUUGACUGCCUGCAGCCAUGGUGGCCUAGUGAGCGAGGGGAGGGCAUAUUUUGAUAGCAUGACUGCACGCUACAAAAUUGUGCCGGAUGUGAAGCAUUAUGGCUGCAUGAUAGACAUGCUAUGCCGCUGUGGGAAAGUUUCAGAAGCUUAUCAAAUGAUCAACGAUAUGCCCAUCAAGGCAAACUCUAUGCUGUGGAAGAUGGUGUUGGCUGCAUGCCGAGUGCACGUGCACAUGGACGUCGCUGACAAGGUUUUCCACAAACUGCGUGAGCUGAUGCCAGUCGAUGAUGGGGAUGUGAUCACUAUAUCAAAUGUUUACGCAGAAUCAAAGAGGUGGGACGAUGUUGAGCAUCUGAGAACGAAGGUGAUCGAACCCAGGGCUUCGAAGCAUGCUGCUCACAGUCAAGUUAAUGUAACUUAGCCAAUUUUUCUGCCAGAAAUGGAGCCUCUACAGUGACCAAGUUGAAUUACCAUGUGGCAUAUGUGGUUAGCUAUUUCAAAUAGAAUAUGUCGAUACGAGAAAAUGACUGACUUCAGUUCAGGAGUCUGAUUUGGCAAUUUGAGUACAGCCAGGCCACAGUUUCACUAGGCCACAGGUUGCUGCUUCGACUCUUUCUAAGUUCCAAGUGAAGACUGGGGGCCUUUUUGGUUAAUCUGUUUACACUGCAGACAUGAGAUGGCCCUGUUAACCUGAAAAAUAUUGCCUGUUUCAAGACGGUGUCAUCUUGGAAGCAUUAUGUAACGUAGCCAAUAUUUUCUGCCAGAAACUGGAGCUUACAAUGACCAACUUCAGUUACCACGUGGUAUAUGUGGUCAGCUAUUUUAAAUCGAAUGUGUGGAUACCAGAAAAUGACAGACUUCAUUUCUGGGAGUCUGAUUUGGCAAUUUGAGUACAGCCAGGUAGCAGCUUGGGCAGGUGACUUAGCAUUCCUCAUUUCACUGUUAUGUAUGUUGUGAUAAUAUUCACAUCUUUAAUGGCUGGUGGAUGUAAUUUUAUAGGUAGCCAGGUCGCAUGAGACAUGAGAUGGCCCUGUUAACCUGAAAAAUAUUUGCUUGUUUCAAGAUGGAGCCCUGAAACCCUUGGAAACGGUUACCUAAUCGAGUUGUAUGUUUUGAGGAAUUGGAAAUAUUUCGUAGUGGAGUUGUUGCAGUUUUAAAG